CCAAAAAUGGCGCAAAAAUCAUCGAUAUUUCACAAUAUCAAAUUACACACACACACACACACACGUAUAUACAUACACACAUAUAUAUCGAGAGAUAUAGAGAGAGAAAGAGGAGAGAGAGAGUCACCCUCCUCUGUUUCCUCACAACCUCAGCCACUACCACCGUACACUCCGUCAACCACCACCAUGCUCCAACAAUGAAACAACACCUCCAGAACCCCACCAAAAACCCACCACCAACAACCACCAGUGGCUCCACCGGAGUUGUAACCGACAUGAGGGUCAUCGUACCCUUACAAGGCGUAGUUCAAGGCGGUGGAGGCGGUUUAAUUCUCGGCUCAAUAAUCCCCUGUGCUCUCUUUUACUUCUUCCAGCUUUAUUUAAAGUCCAAAAACCGCUCCGGCGACGACUCCGCCGCCCCGCCGCCGCCCCAGCUGCCGGAGAUUGAGCCUCCCGGAGGUGGGUUGCAAAGGGUUCAGUCAGUUAGGUCGAUUUGGUCGCCACGUGGCAGUAACAGUCAGGUGUCUUCCAGGGCUAGUUUUGUAAUUAAACAGGUUGAUAAUCCGUAUUAUGUUGGGUUGGAGAAGAGUUGUUUGGAUUGUUAUGAUGAGGUUUGUAAUCCUGGUGGGAUUAUUCAGCUUGGAUUCGAUGAAAACAAGUUGUCAUUGGAUGUGGUUCAAGAUUGGCUAAUGGCGCACACCAAGUGUUCGAUCGUAUGCCAAGAUUUGCAAAUGAAUGGGAUAACCGCGUAUCAUCCGUUUGAUGGAUUGUCGGAGCUUAAAAUGGCAGUUGCCGGAUUCAUGUCUCAAGUAAUGGAAGGGCGCGUGUUAUUCGACCCAUCACAAAUGAAUUUGACUUCUGGAGUAUCACCCGCUAUCGAGAUGCUUGUUUUUUGCCUUGCUGACCUUGGAAACGCGUUUCUUGUUCCCUCUCCGUAUUCGCCUGAUCUCGAUAGGGAUAUCAAAUGGCGAACUGGAGUCGAAAUCAUACCCGUCCCAUGUCGUAGUUCCGAUAACUUCAGCUUAAGUACCGCUUCUCUUAACCGCGCAUACAACCAAGCGAAAAAACGCGGUCUCAAAGUUCAAGGGGUCAUAGUUUCAAACCCGUCGAAUCCCGUUGGAAAUCUGCUUACCCGCGAAACCCUUUACAAUCUUUUAGACUUUGCAACCGAGAAAAACAUCCACGUCAUCGCCAACGAGACGCUAGUGGGCCCCAUCGACGAUAAAAAUCAAGAAUUUGUUAGUAUGGCUGAAAUCAUCAACUCUGAGGAAUACGAUCGAAAACGAGUUCAUAUCGUUUACGGAUUGUCGAAAGACAUUUCGCUCCCCGGUUUUAAAGUCGGGGUCGUUUACUCUUUCAACCAAACCGUCUUACAAGCAUCAAAGAAACUGAUGCGAUUCUCGUCGGUAUCGUCUUUAUCUCAACGACUACUUGUUUCGAUGUUCAACGAUUCGAGAUUCGUCAGGGAGUUUAUAAAGAUCAAUAGAGAACGGGUUGAAAGAAUGUCGGAUCUUUUCGUGGGUGGUUUGAAAGAGUUGGGAAUCAAGUGUAUGAAAAGCAGUCGCGGAUCGUAUUGCUGGGCUGAUAUGAGCGGGUUUAUACGGCCGUAUAGUGAAAAAGGCGAGCUUGAGCUGUGGGAAAAGUUGUUAAAUGUGGCGAAAAUUAACGCGACUCCUGGAUCGUGUUGCCAUUGUAUAGAACCAGGAUGGUUUAGGUUCUGUUUUGCGAGUUUGACCGAAAAGCAGGUUCCGUUAGUUAUGGAACGAAUUCGGGAGGUUUUGUGAUCAGAAAGAAGAAAGAAAGAAGUGUGUGAAGGUUCUCCUGCCCUUUAAUUGUAUUAUAAAUGGUUAUUUUUUUGAAAAUUUUGUUUGUUUAUAUUGUUUUUGUAGGUAGUUAUUCAUGGUUUAUCAAUGUGUAUUAUGUGAAGCAGUGUCUCAUGUAUUCUUGUAGCUAAUCAAUAAUGAAAAUGACUUUGCUCGGCA